CUUUUUUUUUUUUUCUCGCUCUCUUUUGCAGCUGAGAUCCAAACGCUGAGCAGUUCACAGCAUUUCAGUUCUAAGAUCAACUUUCUGAGUCCCUCACUGCCUGCCAAAUCGUCAGGGCUAUUAGAGUGUGAUUAGAUUGCUUGGCUCUGGACAUAGAAAAUCCUAUCCAGCUGGGCUUGCUCUGGACCUGGGAUGGCUCCGGACACCGGCUGCUUCUUUUUAGUGGCACUCUUUUCAGCCAGCUGUCAAGUCAUCACCUCCUCCGAUCAGAUGUGCAUUGAGAAAGAAGCCAACAAAACAUACAACUGUGAAAACUUAGGUCUCAGUGAAAUUCCUGGCACUCUACCAAACUCAACAAAAUGUUUGGAGUUCAGCUUUAAUUUCUUGCCUACAAUUCAAAAUACGACCUUCAGUAGACUAGUUAAUCUCUCCUUUCUGGAUUUAACCAGGUGCCAGAUUUACUGGAUACAUGAAGAUACUUUCCAAAGCCAGCAUCAGUUAGACACACUGGUGCUGACUGCAAAUCCCCUGAUAUUUGUGGCAGAAACAGCACUGAACGGGCCCAAGGCACUGAAGCACCUGUUCUUCAUCCAAACAGGAAUAUCCAGUCUUGAUUUCAUCCCAGGGCACAAUCUGAAACACCUGGAAAGUCUGCAUCUCGGGAGCAACCAUAUUUCCUCCAUUAAGCUCCCCAAAGACUUCCCUGCAGAGAAGCUGAAGGUCCUAGAUUUUCAGAAUAACGCGAUCCAUUACUUGUCUACAGAAGAUGUGGGCUCUCUACAGCUAGCCACUGAUCUAAACCUUAACUUAUGUGGGAAUGACAUCACAGGGAUAGAGCCCGGGGCUUUCAAGUCAACCGUCUUCCAAAGUUUAAACUUCGGAGGGACUCUCAAAUUGCUCGGUAUCUUCCAGGGCUUGCGGAACUCCACGGUCGAGUCUCUCUGGCUGGGAACGUUUGAGGACAUUGACGAUGGUGACGAACUCAGUUCCGCCAUGUUUGAGGGUCUCUGUGAAAUGUCCGUUGAGAGCAUCAACCUACAGAAGCAUCACUUCCUCGACAUUUCCUCCAACACAUUCCACUGUUUCACCGGCCUCCGGGAACUGGACCUCACAGCCACUCACCUGAAAGAAUUGCCCGCUGGGAUUGUGGGCCUGCGCAAGCUCAAGAAACUAGUUCUCAGCGCAAAUAAGUUUGAGAAUCUGUGCCAAAUCAGCGCCGCCAACUUCCCCUCCCUUACACAUCUUUCCAUCAAAGGCAACACAAAGAGACUUGACCUUGGUACUGGCUGUUUAGAAUACUUGGAAAAUCUGCGGGAGCUUGAUCUCAGCCACGACGACAUCGAAACUUCUGAUUGCUGCAACCUGCAACUCAAAAACCUGUCUCACUUACAAAACCUGAACAUGAGCUACAAUGAACCCCUGGGCCUCAGGAGUGAAGCCUUCAAAGAAUGCCCUCAGCUAGAACUCCUGGAUUUAGCGUUCACCCGAUUGCGUGUGAAUGCUCCACAAAGUCCCUUCCAGAACCUCCAUCUUUUGAAGGUUCUAAAUCUCUCCCACUGCUUCCUUGACACCAGCAACCAGCAACUCCUCAAUGGCCUGCCAGCGCUCCGCCAUCUAAACUUACAGGGAAAUCAUUUUCCAAAUGGAAAUAUCCAAAGAACAAACCUACUUCAGACCCUGGGAAGCCUAGAAAUCCUGAUUUUAUCACUCUGCGAUCUCUCCUCCAUAGACCAGCAAGCCUUCCUCAGCCUUAAGACAAUGAGUCAUGUAGACUUGAGUCAAAACAAGCUGACAUCCAGUAGCAUUGAGGCCCUUGGUCAUCUUAAGGGGCUCCACCUCAAUCUCGCCUCCAAUCACAUUAGCGUCAUCCCAGCCAAUCUCCUCCCCAUCUUGUCCCAGCAGAGUACCAUUAAUUUAAGACAAAAUCCCCUUGACUGCACUUGCUCAAACAUUUACUUUAUAGAAUGGUACAAAGAAAACCUGCAGAAGCUUGAGGACGAAGAGGACACUCUUUGCGCAAAUCCCCCAUUGCUGAGGGGAGUCAGGCUGUCUGAAGUCACGUUGUCCUGUGGUAUCACAGCUGUGGGCAUUUUCCUUCUCAUUGUGGUCUUGCUCUUGUUCGCUGUCUUGGUGAUUUUCGCCGUGAAAUAUUUCCUCAGGUGGAAAUACCAACACAUUUAGCUCAAGGUUUCCAGAGAACACAGAUGAAUGUGUUUAGCAAACUUGCCC